UAAAGCUGACCUUGGCAUGCAGCUCACUGCAGUGUAUGUCUGCCAGAGCGAGGACAUAACGUGCUGCGUCAGCGAACUGUUCCUCUCUGCGUUUCUUCCCGGCACUCCAAGCGGCUACAUCUACUCCCUUUUAACGUGACGGCCUCCUAAAAAUAUCCCUUCCUCUGUCCCCUGCUUGUUUUCGGAUUCACUCCCCUGCAGAGGAAGUCGUUGUCUUUGACGGCAGUGAAAGAGAGAAAAAAAGGGAGUGACCACAGACUCUUAGAGCGGGUGGAACCCCACAGCACAGUGCUGCUGAUAACACCAAGCGGUAUCUUCCUCUACAUAUGAGCUGCUUUUCCAGACCCAUGCAAGAGAGGGGGAAGGCCCUGAAAGAGCAGCACAAGCUUGACGAAGACUGUUUGUGUCACUAAAGUUAAUGAAGAAGCUGUGAAUCCCUCUGUCACCCAAAUGGCUCACAGGAUACUUCAUGAUCACGAGGGAGAUGGACGAUCAGUGCUGGGGAUGUUAGAAGUGCAGGUGGAGAGAGACCCGAAGACGGGAGUGACCGUUGUCAGGUCAGUGACCCCCGUUUCUGCACCGGCUGGCGCUCCAAAGGCCACUCCCAUCUUUGAUGACGGCAGAAAGAGCAUCCACACUGUGGGCGGGACUCCAGGCCAGCCCACGUCUGAGGAGCUCAGGCAGGUCCUGAGUGUUGCAGACGGGUUUGGGAUGAAAGUGUUGCUGGACGAGGUUGCAGCUUUGCCACAUGAGGCAGAGAUGAAGAGCCUGGAUGUGGAAUCUAGUCGAGUUCAAGUGGAAAAAGUUCUGUCAAUGAGCGCUGAAGCUGCCCCGCUUAAAGAAACCCACUCACAGAUAAACAUCGAUAGAAAAAGCCAUGUGGAAGCCAAACAGAAGGAGGCGAGGAAUGUCAGAUAUGAAGAUAAUCAAACUGCUACUGUGGUCAUAGACAAUGAAAUAAAGCUCAACAGUCAGAGUCUGGAGGAAAACCCCGUCACUCUUCUGUUCCUGGGCUACGCCGAUGAUACCGAGGAUGUCAGUCAGGACGAUCAGGAGGGGAUGAUCACCGUGGAGAGAGUCAUGAUCACGGAGGAUGGAGAAGAGACGCUCUUAGGCCACGAAACGUCUGCUUCCCUUCAGCCAGCAUCCGAACAGGAAGUAGACCAGGAGGGGGACACAGAGACGCCGGUCCAAACCCUUCCAGUCCAAACCCCUCCAGUCCAAAACCCUCCAGUCCAAAACCCUCCAGUUCAAAGCCCUCCGGUCCAAACCCCUCUGGUCCAAAACCCUCCAGAUGCUGCAGAAGAUGAGACGGGGGCGGGAAUCAAACCUCCUCCUGAAGAGGAGAAGGAGGACUGUAAAGGAAAGCAGAAGACCUGUAAAUGUUGCUCCGUCAUGUAGACGAAGGGACUCACGUGCACGCCCUCACAGCCUUAAAGCAUGAUACUCCUUUAAUGGUUUUGAAUACGUAACAGUUCUUCCAGUGAAACUUUGGUGAGUUUAGUUUUUGAAUAGAUCUUAAAUCCAUUUCCUCCUCCUGAAGGACUAACCAGAAGACUGUUUGAUUCCUAACUGAAGAUCUACACCCCAAAAUGCCUUGAAUGACCGAUCGACACAUGUCUGUGUGAAACUUUUCCCAAAGAUUCAUAUUUAUUUUUCAUCAUUUAACAAAAAACGAAGCAUUUAGUCAAUUUUGAUAAGGUCAGAAUCAGAUCAUGUAUCAAAUGUCUGUUCUUUCCAUAGGUACAUGUCUGUAUUUGUUUUAUUUCUUUGCUAUAAACAGUCAGCUUAAUUCAACUGUGCACUUAUUUAAAGAGUAAAAGAAAUAAAACAUUUUCAUUGUUCUA